GUGAGCCAGCUCCAACACCGGAUACGACAUUUGCUGCAGUGGGACGUAGUUUUUGCAGCCAAGCGAGCGGAAUGAAUGUCGGAAAUAAACACCUAAAUACCGCAGAGCGUGAGGUGUAGCUGUGGAUGAAGAUAAGCCUGCCAUGUGUUGCCUUGCUGUGGACAAUUUAUGGUAAAGGGGCUGCGCGUGUUCCGAGGGAGCCCAGCCAAGAGUUGAUGGCUAGCUAUAAAGAAUGAGCAUGGGGGAGCAUGAGGGAUGCAAGUAAAGACUGCGAAACAAAGGAAGUAGACGGAAAGGGAGGAGUAAAUGAGGGAGAGAGAGAGUGGGAGGUGGAUAAAAGCAGAGACGGGACCAUGAGCUGUGCACUCGCCACCGAGUCUUAUGACUCUCUGCCUGCCCGUUUGAGCCCUCGUCGGGGGAAAGAUCAGCACAUCUCUCGAAGGCUUUCGUCUCCACGGGGCUUGGGAGCCCCCGCCUCACCUGCUUUGGCCCGUCGGUUCUCAGCUCUGCCUGGGUCCUACGUGCUUUCUCCAUUCCAGGAGGAUAACAGCCACCAGCAACAUCAGCAACACCAGCAUCUCUCCCUGUCGCUGGGUUCUGAAGCCUCGCUGGCGCCCCCUGCGCCUCGGGUGGGCGCUUCCCCACCAUGUUGCCGGGCGGUGGGGGUGGUGCCGCUGCUGCGCCUGGCGCUGCUCAUUUUCAGCUGCCUCUUUUGGGCAGCAGGAUUGGGCAUCUUUACCCUGGGCGUCUGGGCGCAAGCCUCCCUGGCUGACUACAUGCUACUGUCUGCUAAUCGCUACCCCAACGCCCCUCUGAUACUGCUAGCCACAGGGGCUGCGGUCACAACCUGGGGUUUCCUUGGGUGUCUGGGGGUGGCAGCCAACUUGCCCUGCCUUCUGCGGGCCUACGGCUUAUUCCAGCUGGCCACGCUGAUGGGAGGGCUGGCUGCCGGUCUUUCGGGGCUCUUCUACAGGGAAGACAUUGCUGGAGGUUUCCGAAGUGGUCUACAGAGGGCGGUGCUCGCGUACGGGGAAGACGAGGGCCGUGCUGAUGCUCUGGAUGGCCUCCAGAGGGUGCUGAAGUGCUGUGGGGCAGAAGGCUGGCGUGACUGGCUCUUGUCUGACUGGGCUACCCAGGAUGCUCUUUCACUAACAGGCAGCUAUGGCAACGACACAUAUUCUGUGUCGGUGCCAGACAGCUGCUGCAUACGGCGCAAAGGCUGCCGUAACAGGCCUCUGCCAGAAGGAGGCAGUGGAAGCAUUGAAGCAGUGGGCAUUCACCCGCACGGUUGCUUUAAGAAAGUCUUCAGCUUCGUCAACGAUAACGUCUUUCACAUUGCCGCUGCUGUGCUGGGGCUUGCUUUUACCCAGGUGGCAGGUAUUGCCCUAGCAUGUCUGCUCGCCAACCGCCUAUCCACUCAGCCUCGGAGACAAGGCCGCUGAAAAAGAUCAACACACGUUUUCAAGAGAAAGACCAGUUCAAAAUAUUUCGUUUCCCGGACAUCCUAGUCGGAGACGAUGAGGCAUUUUCGGUGACGAGUCACCACUAUCAAUACAACAGAAAGCAAGAGACAGCUGAAGACACGUCCAGGAAACUGCAGAGGAGCUCCAGGACUGCUUUUGGCAUCUGUUCAUCCACUGUAUUCAGACACAUUCUACAGAAGCUCUCGUGUAUGGAUACUGGUUUACAGUGGUUUUCCAUGCAUGGCAGUUGGACAUUUCUUGAAGAAGAAUAAUGCCUAAAUCAGGAGUAUGUGCUCAGUGAACUGUGUUGAGGUCCUCAUAACAGUGUAUAACCAUUAUGCUUUAUUGUCUUUGUGCUGUUACAUGAAUAUGUACUGAAUGGCUGUGGCAUGAUUACGUAUUAGCACUGAUAGCUCUUUGGAGAAAGCGUAGAUUAAAGUAAUGUGCAGUAACUGUAAGUCAAAAUCGUCAUAUAAACACAAGUUGUUAUGAAGACCGUAAUUCUACUUGAAAUUUUUGAGGGGGGAUAUAUUAAGAGACCAUAAAUAUAAUUUUUUUUUUUACAAUUUUACUUACCCAAGUACUUGAUCGAAUACAUCCUAGUUCCCUAUGAAGGACGAUAGGUCUGCAGGGAGACUAGGCUUCCAGGAGCAGGGUUGGGAACGUCUGAUCUAUAGGCUGUUCAAGCUGCUGUUCCUACAGUUGCUUGAUCUGAAAAACAAAACAAAAAAAAAAGGCAUGAUUUUAUUACACAGUACAGAUAUUAUUGUCAGAGUGAAGCCUUAGAUUUGCUUAAAUUAAAUUAAAAGUAAAACAAACACUCCCAACUCUUCUACACUGUAAAGUUUUUUUCAAAUACUUGUUCUGAAAGAUCCGCGGCCCUGAGGGAGAAGCGGCUUAGAAAACGUGUGUGUGUGUGUGUGUGUGUGUGUGUGUGUGUGUGUGUGUGCCUGGACCUAUGCUUAGCCAAUGUGUAAGCCAUAAAUGUGGCAAU